AUGAUCUCUCGCACAGGAGGAACGUUCAGACAGUUGCCGUUGGAGCUGUGUGGCUCUGGCAUCAAGGGCCGCCGGAUUUUGAGUCUCAGCAGCCGGUACUGUAAUUACAAGGGUGGUAUUGGCCGCACUGUGGUUCGUGGGGGAGGCAGGCCCGUCGAUCCCUACCGGAUCCAGCCAUCGCCUCUCCCCGGUCGCGCCACGCAACGGGCCCCGAAGCGGCCUAGCGCGGGCUCGGUUCGGGCUGGCGGGUCCCUUGUGCUUUCCCGAAAGGGGGAGCGCUGA